CAACCCCUGUAAAACCCGUCUUCCACUCCGAGACUACAACACAGGACUACAACUCCCACAACAACGCCAUUGACGUCAGCCUCCCGGAAGUACCUUCGGACUCCGGCUGUCGAGCGGUGUGUGUGUGUGUGUUGUGUGUGUGCGCUGCUCUUGGCAACAAAGACUCCCAGUCUCGAUUUCGGCGACACUAACCACCGAUUCCUCUCCGUAACCAAGGGGCAGAAACACAGGGACUAGGGAUGCCCUCUGCCUGGUGGUGCUGAUGCUGCACCUAGGAGGAAGAGGAGGAGGAGGAUGAUGAUGAUGGUGGUGACAUGCGUCUAGUUCAGCCGUUCAUCGAUCACAGGACAUCUGAGGACUACAGAAAGUGACGCAAAGAUGCCGCGGCGAAAGCAAUCCAACCCCCAGCCGGUGAAAUUGGAGUCGGAGGAUGGCGGGGCGGUGGUGUGUGAGCCGGGAUGCCUCGUGCUGGAGAGCGACUUCCUGCUGAGCGGCGCCCUGGAGUUUGGGGACGCCGAAAUCAUGGGCCUGGACCGCGACACCGGACUGAGUGUGUUCUCUCUCAGCGUGGAGGAGGACCCUUCAGGGACCACAGACUCCGCCUUCCCCUCCUUCCUCUACUGCAAGGGGUGUGGCCAACUGCUGGGCGACUCCCCCUUGGGGGCGGGGCUUGACUUGGGGCAGGGGCUGGACCUGGGGGCGGGGCUAUACUGCCUCACCUGCGAGGAGGGGCUGACGUCGGACCCGCGGCAGGACGUCUUUGGCGGCGGUGGGGGCGGAGCCAGCCACGCAGGAGCCAUCGCCGUCACCGUUGACCACGGCAACGGCGACCACGGCUUCCGCAAGAGGCGGCGGAACGGCGGCAAAACAGCGGCCCCCGACUCCGCCUCGGACUCCUCGCCGAAGGCCUACGCGUGCACCCUGUGCGCCUUCGUCUCGCGUUACUCCAACCACCUCAAACGGCACAUGCGCACGCACGACGGCCAGAAGCCGUACCGCUGCGGCGUGUGUCCGUACGCGUCGGCGCAGCGCGUCAACCUCGAGCGCCACGCGCGCACGCACACCGGCGAGAAGCCGUACCGCUGCCCGCAGUGCAGCUACGCCUGCAGCUCCCUGGGCAACCUGCGGAGGCACCAGCGCAUGCACGCGGCGCAGGAGCGGCCGCAGCGCCGGGAGAAGGAGAAGAAGAAGGCGCGCCGGAAAAAGGGCGGAGUCGGCGAGGAUGAAGACGCUGUGGUGUCUGACCUCACCCUGCGGGUGACCCAGGCCUCGUCGGGGUACCUCCAGAGCCUGGGGGUGCUUGGCUCCCCGUCGGCCCCGCUCCCGGAGCUCCUGUUCCCCCUGUGCUGCCGCGUGUGCGGCCUGUCCCUGGACGAGGCCCACCCGCUGGAGGGGGGCAAGGGGGAGGCUGAGGGGGAGGGCGACGGCGGACAGGUGUGCCGCAGCUGUGCCCUGGAGCUCCUCGGCGGCGACUCCCCCGGGGGCCCCCCACCCUGUAGCCCCCAGCGGCCCCCAUCCCCCGGCGGCGGCGCCCUUAGCUCCAACGUGAGCUCCGGCGCCAGCUCACGCCGCGGCAGUGGCCGCCGCCCUUCCGGCAAGCUCCACCGCUGCCCGCACUGCCCCUUCCUGUCGCGCUACCCCAACCACCUGGCGCGCCACGCCCACACGCACUCGGGCGCCAAGCCCCACGCCUGCGCCCACUGCGCCUACAGCUCUGCCCACCUGGACAACCUCAAGCGCCACGCCCGCGUCCACUCCGGCGAGAAGCCGUACCGCUGCCCCGCCUGCAGCUACGCGUGCGGCAACCUCGCCAACCUCCGCCGCCACGAGCGCAUCCACUCGGGCGCCAAGCCGUUCGGCUGCGGCGUCUGCGGCUACGCCUGCAACCAGAGCAUGAACCUGAAGCGCCACAUGCUGCGGCACUCGGGGGAGAAGCCGUACGCAUGCGCACAGUGCGGCUACACCACGGGCCACUGGGACAACUACAAGAGGCACCAGCGCAAGCACGGCGUCGACACAGAGAGCUGGGAUAAGAGGGCGGUGGCCUUGGGGGCGGGGCUAGUGGGGGAGGGGGCGGGGCUAGAGGGGGAGGGCCCCGGUGAGGUGCAGGGGGAGGUGUAGAGCGGUUUGAUGUGAGGCAGUUUUUGGGGUUGUUGUGGUGUGCGUUUUUUCGGGAGGGGGGGCUUGGUUCAAACGUUUUUUUUUGGGGCAGGGGCUUUGUGGAAAUCGUUUGCGUUUUUUUGUUGUCUGCGGCUGUGUUGAUGCCUUGUUUCCUAGGUUACCUUGUUCUCCUCAACUGAAUCACUGAAUGGGCUGUUGGCCGUUACGCUUUCCCGCCGCUACCAGCCCCUCCGAACAAUCGAUUUAUUCCCCCGCCAGUCAGGAUUCACGACAACCUAAUGUAGCAUGUGUGUGUGUGUGGGCUAUACACUGGUCACGUCCUAGCCCAUGGGCAAGGGGGUUAAACUCAGGUGCCUUUGACGGCCAUAUACUAAGCGUGUGUGUGCUUAUGUGUGUGUUUCAAGAAACAAAAUGUUCAUAUUUUAUUUUGAUUAUUAUUAUUUUUUGGUCAUGGUGGCUUAACCAUCCUGUGUGUGUGUGUGUGUGUGUGUGUGUGUGUGUGUGCGUGUGCGUGUGUGUGUGUGUGUGUGUGGCGCCACUCCGCUGUUUUUACAGACUGCUGUUUUUUAGUUUCAUUUCGGUUUUAAGCUAAACGUCCGAAUGAAGUUACUCUGAAUCGAUGCCGUGUCUAUUUUUUCAACAGAUGAUCUAUAUUUUGUAAGGUGUGUUUUAUAAAUAGAUGGGGGGGGGGGGGGGGGGGAAUGAUUUCGAGAGACUGUGGUAUAAUUAUUCGCUUUAAUUAUUUGGGUGUUAUGAUUUAACUUUUUGUUUUUUGUUUCCUUUGAAGCGCAAUGGACUGGUAGAUGCACUUGGUUGACCUUUUGACCUGCAGUCUUUAUGAAGUGUCGGAAAUUCAGUCAAAUGUGUCGGGGGGGGUAAUGUGGUGAAUGUGUUUAGACGAAUUGCACAGUUAUUUUUAUUACUAUUUACGUAGUCGACCAUAUUCUUCUGCUGUAUCGUCUUCGGAGGGUAAAGUUUGUUCGACUUUUAGGAAAAUGGUAGUCAAUCGAUGUAGAUGGCAAGGGUGAAAGAAAUUCCCAACUUGAAAUCUCUGAAUUCUGAAAUCUCAAAACCCAGCCGAAUCGGAAAGAGUCUGUGCCUUAUGUACCAUACGAUGGAAAACUGGCGUCUUCACGCAGGAAUCCUAAAGAGACGGGUUUGAUUUUAAAACACGUUUUGGGAUCUUUGUCCGUGUUUUCUAUGAAUUCGGCUUGAAGUCUCUCCCUCUCUUACUCGGGACUCUGUCAGUUCUGCUACCCCCUUCCCAGACCCCCUAACUGACGGGAUGUGUUCUUAAGACAUACAAAUCGAAGCUAACUCGCAUUAUAAAACACUGCCUUUUUAAAGUAAGGUCUUCAAAAAGCCUAAAGGUGACAAUACUACACCAUCAGGUGUGAGUAUUACAAGCCUCCUCUUACAUCAAAAGUGGGCGUGUCCACCUAGAUGUACGACAGAUAGAUCAGCAACGUUUGCUUCGUUACACCAGCCUACCCUCUGGGUAGGCUGGUGGACUGAUAUAUCCAGUACACAUCUAGGUGGACAUGCCCAGUUGUGAUGUCAGAAGAGGCAGAUUUUCAAGACGGCUUGUAACGGCUAAUCACACACACACACCUGGUAGUAUAAAAUGUCAUCUUUAAGGUAAGGUCUUUAUGAAGCCUAAAAUUGCUCAAAACAACUUCAACUGAUGUCCGAAAUUAGGUAGGUUUUGGUUUUGGUCGCAGGAAGGCUAGUUUCCGCCAACGUACGUCCAGACCGUUCUGGAUUAAUGUUGGCCUGGUGAUUGGGAUUCGAACCGGUGCCUGCCCAGAAUUUUCACCAAGGCGAAAAAUACAGUUGAUCUCCCUUAAUUGUUUGUUUUAAUUUAAUUCUGUUUAUGAGCAAGCUGGAGUGCUGGGGUCUUCGUCAUUCUAAGGAUUCUGGUAAAAUGUGACUCAUAUUUUGUGACCUCUCAGUGCCUUUGUAGUUUUAAAUAAACAUUUGAUUGAAUUUA